AUGUCUGACAGCGGGCGGGACGCGCCUCGCAGCGCCAACCUGAGCUUCCGCUCGGGCGUCCGCAGCCCGCCCGCCAGCGGACAGUCCAAGGACCUGCAGAAGCUCGAGCUCAGCUUCCUCGAGCUCAACAAGGAGCGGGCGAAACAGAAGGAAUGGAAAAGGCUAAUUCGCGACAUGGUGUUGCAGAGGGGGAAGAUCCCGCUGCUGCUGGCGGUGGAAGCGGGCAACCAGAGCAUGGUGCGCGAGCUCCUCAGCGCGCAGACCGCCGAGCAGCUCAAGGCGUCGACUCCGGCCGGAGACACGGCCCUGCACCUGGCAGCGAGGCGCCGUGACGUGGACAUGGCGCGUAUCCUGGUAGACUACGGAGCCGCGGUGGACGCCGUCAACGGCGCCGGCCAGACGGCGCUGCACAUCGCCGCCGCGGAGGGAGACGAGCCGCUCGUCAAGUACUUCUAUGGCGUGCGCGCGAACGCGGCGAUAGCUGACAAUGAAGACCGAACCCCGAUGCACUUGGCAGCAGAGAACGGCCACGCGGCGGUCAUCGAGCUGCUGGCCGACAAGUUCAAGGCGUCCAUCUUCGAGCGCACCAAGGACGGCAGCACGCUCAUGCACAUCGCCUCGCUCAACGGCCACGCCGACUGCGCCAUGAUGCUCUUCAAGAAGGGCGUCUACCUCCACAUGCCAAACAAGGAUGGAGCGAGGAGUAUCCAUACAGCAGCGCGGUACGGUCACGUGGGCAUCAUCAACACUCUCCUGCAGAAGGGGGAAAGCGUCGACGUCACCACCAACGACAACUACACGGCGCUGCACAUAGCGGUAGAGUCGUGCAAGCCGGCCGUGGUGGAGACCCUGCUAGGGUACGGGGCUGACGUGCACAUUAGAGGAGGCAAGCAGCGCGAGACGCCGCUACACAUCGCUGCCAGGAUACCAGACGGUGACAAAUGCGCGCUAAUGCUGCUGAAGUCGGGCGCGGGCCCCAACAAGGCGACGGAAGACGGCAUGACGCCGGUGCACGUGGCCGCCAAGUUCGGCAACCUGGCCACGCUGCUGCUGCUGCUCGAGGACGGCGGCGACCCGCUCAAGAAGACCAAGACUGGCGAAACUCCACUACAAAUGGCAUGCCGGAGCUGUAAGCCCGACGUCGUGCGGCAUCUCAUAGAAUUCGUCAAAGAUCACAAGGGUGACAGCGUCGCCACGUCCUACAUCGACGCCGUCGACGAAGACGGCGCCAGCGCCUUGCACUACGGCUGCAAAAUCACAAAAGAAGAAGUCAAAACGGCCUCAGCAGAUCGCGAAGUUGUCAAGUGCCUCAUAGAAAACGGAGCUGAUGUAACGCUCGUAACGAAGCACAACCUGGAAACCGCGUUUCACGUCUGCGCCGUCGCAGGCAACAACGACGUCAUGAGCGAGAUGAUCGCUCACAUCUCUUCGGCGGACGUCGGGAGAGCCCUCAAUAAACAGAACAACAUCGGCUGGACACCGCUGCUUAUAGCCUGCCACAGAGGACAUAUGGAACUCGUCAGCACCUUAUUGACAAACCACGCCAGGGUAGACGUCUUCGAUGUUGAAGGCAGAUCCGCUCUCCAUCUAGCGGCAGAGCAUGGAUACCUACAAGUUUGCGACGCCUUACUAACUAACAAAGCAUUUAUUAAUUCUAAAGCGCGAAACGGAAGGACAGCACUGCAUUUAGCAGCGAUGAACGGCUACACGCAUUUAGUGAAGUUUCUAAUUAGGGACCACAACGCAAUGAUCGAUGUUCUGACCUUGAAGAAGCAAACGCCAUUGCAUUUAGCAGCAGCCAGUGGCCAAAUUGAAGUGUGCAAGCUUUUGCUAGAACUCGGAGCGAACAUUGACGCAACGGACGAGCUAGGUCAAAAGCCGAUCCAUGCGGCUGCUCAGAACAAUUUUUCUGAAGUAGUACAACUGUUUUUACAGCAGCAUCCAAAUCUUGUGAUGGCGACAACAAAGGACGGAAACACGUGUGCGCAUAUAGCGGCUAUUCAGGGUUCAGUGAAAGUGAUUGAGGAGCUGAUGAAGUUCGAUCGGACUGGUGUGAUCUCCGCGCGGAAUAAGUUAAAUGACUCCACUCCUUUGCAAUUGGCCGCCGAGGGCGGUCACGCGGACGUAGUGAAAGUGUUGGUCAGGGCUGGCGCUUCGUGUACGGACGAAAAUAAGGCUGGGCUGACGGCAGUCCAUUUGGCAGCCGAACAUGGACAUACCAAUUCCGAGCCGCCCACGGGCGUGUCGCUGGUGCCGGUGCUGGGCGCGGAGUCGGGCCUGACGCCGCUGCACCUGGCCGCCUACAACGGCAACGAGAACGUCGUGCGUCUUCUGCUCAACUCCGCCGGCGUGCAAGUGGACGCCGCCUCCACUGAAAACGGCUUCAAUCCACUGCACUUGGCGUGCUUCGGAGGCCACAUGUCAAUAGUGGGUCUUCUCCUCAGUAGAUCAGCAGAGCUACUACAAAGUACUGAUCGCCACGGCAAAACCGGUCUCCACAUAGCGUCAACAUACGGCCACUACCAGAUGGUCGAAGUGUUAUUAGGGCAGGGAGCUGAAAUAAAUUGCACGGACAAAAAUGGGUGGACACCUCUACAUUGUGCUGCUAAAGCAGGCCACCUUAACGUGGUUAAACUUUUAUGUGAAUCGGGAGCUUCUCCAAAAAGUGAAACGAAUUUAAACUGUGCCCCUAUCUGGUUUGCGGCUUCGGAGAACCACAAUGACGUGCUGGAAUACUUGCUCCACAAAGAGCACGACACUCAGUCCUUGAUGGACGACAAGCGGUUCGUGUACAACUUGAUGGUGUGCUCGAAGAACCACAACAAUUUACCAAUCGAGGAGUUUGUGCUGGUGUCGCCGGCGCCCGUCGACACCGCUGCGAAGUUAUCCAACAUCUACAUCACCCUAUCCACUAAGGAAAAGGAGCGUGCCAAAGACCUCAUCGCAGCGGGGAAACAAUGCGAGGCUAUGGCCACCGAGCUGCUCGCCCUGGCCGCCGGCGCGGACUCGGCCGGCCACAUCCUCACCGCCACGGACAACAGAAACAUCGAGUUCCUCGACGUUCUCAUAGAGAACGAGCAAAAGGAAGUCAUUGCCCACACAGUCGUUCAAAGAUAUCUUCAGGAACUCUGGAGAGGGAGCCUCAAAUGGUCGGGCAUCAAAAUAAUGAUUCUUUUUUUCGCAUUUAUAGUUUGUCCACCAGUCUGGAUGGUGUUCUCUCUUCCCUUAGACUUCCUCUCUUUCCACCAUCUCUUCGGACCGUGGGCAAUCAUCAUCGGUGAUCUCAUGAAGGACUUGGGGAGGUUCCUCGCGGUGCUAGCGAUAUUCGUGUUCGGAUUCUCGAUGCACAUCGUGGCUCUGAACCAACCGUUUAGGAAUAUACUCAAAGUGGAAGACAAUAAGUAUGCACGACAGAUGAGAAAGAAGAUAUUUUCCGACGAAAGCCUACGAACGAAACGCCAAAGUUACUAUCCAUGGAGUAACAAUGGGGAGUCGUACAGGAGGAAACAGGGCCCGGGAGGACCGACGUUGACACCGAUCGAGGCCUUCGAGAAAUUGUUCUUCGCCCUUUUCGGCCAGACCACAUUGUCCGACCUGAACUACGUGACAACCUUGCGGCCCCUGUGGACCCAGAACAUAUUCAAGUUCGUGUUCGGCGCGUACUUGCUGAUGUCUGUCGUGGUGCUAGUAACGCUCCUAAUUGCGAUGAUGUCGGACACUUACCAGCGCAUCCAGGCACAAUCCGACAUCGAGUGGAAGUACGGUCUGUCCAAACUGAUCAGGAACAUGCACAGGACCAACACGGCUCCCUCCCCACUCAAUUUGGUCACCACCUGGCUCAUGUGGCUUAUUGCCAGGUGUAAGGAACGAAUAAGCAAGAAAAAGAGGCCAAGCCUUGUGCACAUGAUCGGCCUCCAGCGGCAGGACCAGAUGAGCGCCAGGUCCAAGGCCGGGGCCAAGUGGCUGUCCAAGGUCAAACGAGGCCAAGUGGUUCCCAAGGACUCGACGCGUCUAUCCGUAGUGCACCUCAGCCCGCUCGGCUCGCAGAUGAGCUUCAACAACAUGACGCGGAUAGAGAAUGUGGUGGACUGGGAGGUCAUAGCCAAGAAGUACCGCGCGCUCAUGAGGGACUCCGACUCCGAGGAGCACCACUCCAAAGAGAGCGGCGAGGACACGGCCGAUGACGUCUCCGAGAUCAUGCCCAACAACAUCCCUCCUCCCUGA